UGGAGGAAACCUUUCUCUCAGCUGGAGCGCUCCUGGGGAGCCAGCCCCACCCUCUGCAAAGAUGGUUUCUCUGAGGAUCUUCUGUCUGGUCCUGAGUGUGGUUGGCACAGUUUGGACAGCCGCAACUGACGAUGGUGAAUUUUUAGCCGAAGGAGCAGGUGUCCGUGGCCCAAGACUGGUGGAGAAAUCGCAGUCUUCCUGUAUAGAGACUGAAUGGCCCUUUUGCUCGGAUGAUGACUGGAACAGCAAAUGUCCUUCUGGCUGCAGGAUGAAAGGGCUAAUUGAUGAAGUCAACCAAGAUUUCACAAACAGGAUAGCUAAACUCAGAAAUUCACUAUUUGAUCAUCAGAAGCACAAUAAGGACUCUAAUUCUGUGACCAAGAAUAUAAUGGAACUUUUGCAAGGGGAUUUUAACAGAGGAAAUAACUAUGAUACAACGUAUAGCCAAGUAACAGAAGAUCUGAGAAGCAGAAUCGAGAUCUUAAAACGCAAAGUCACUGAACAAGUACAACAAAUCCAUCUUCUGCAAAAAAACGUGAGGGAUCAGCUGGUGGAUAUGAAACGCCUAGAGGUGGACAUUGAUAUUAAGAUUCGAUCUUGCAAAGGGUCCUGCAGUAGGACUUUAAACCGUGAGACAAAUCUAAAGGAUUAUGAAGACCAGCAGAAGCAACUUGAGCGGGUUAUUGCCAUAAAUCUGCAUCCAUCUAGAGAUAGCCAAGACUUACCACUGAUAAAAAUGAGUCAAGUUCAGGAUCUGAUUCCUGCAGAUUUCAAGAGCAAACUUCAGAAAGCCCCUGAAGACUGGAAGGCACUCACGGGAAUGAGGCAGACAAAGAUGACAUUAGAGAAGACUGGUAAAGGGGGGGCCUCCCGAGGAGACUCUCCCCAUGAAGCAAGAGUAGGGUCAGAAAACCCUGGGAGCUCUGGGCAUGGAGACUGGAACCCUGACAGUUCUCGACCUGGUGGUGCUGGCUCUUGGAACCCUGACAGUUCUCGACCUGGUGGUGCUGGCUCUUGGAACCCUGACAGUUCUCGACCUGGUGGUGCUGGCUCUUGGAACCCUGACAGUUCUCGACCUGGUGGUGCUGGCUCUUGGAACCCUGACAGUUCUCGACCUGGUGGUGCUGGCUCUUGGAACCCUGACAGUUCUCGACCUGGUGGUGCUGGCUCUUGGAACCCUGACAGUUCUCGACCUGGUGGUGCUGGCUCUUGGAACCCUGACAGUUCUCGACCUGGUGGUGCUGGCUCUUGGAACCCUGACAGUUCUCGACCUGGUGGUGCUGGCUCUUGGAACCCUGACAGUUCUCGACCUGGAAGCUAUAGGCCAGAGAGCUCAGGACAUGGGGACGCUAGGCCAACUCAACCAGACUGGGGUGAAUUUGAAGAGGUACCAGGAAGUGUAAAUCCAGGGACAAAGAAAGAGUAUCACACAGGUAAACUGGUCACUUCUAAAAAAGAGAGGGAACUUCUGAUUGGUGAUGAGAAGAGGCCCGGCAGCACGACCAUCACUCGUCGCUCAUGCUCCAAAGUCAUUAUUAAGGAAGUGACUGGUCCAGAGGGUAGCAAAAAAAUUAACAAAGAGGUGAUCACCUCAGAAGAUGGCACUAACUGUGGUGACACAGACAAUAUAUUCUCUGAUAGGGGUAGCUUAGCUGAUCUUCAUCGGGAUCACCCUGAUUUACAUGAGUUCUUUAACACUGACUCGACUGGAAAGACAUUCGCAGAGAUGAGCAAACGUUUUGAGAGCAGCAGGCAGUCUAUGGACUCAGAUUCUGACAUCUUUAGAGACUUAGAAAGCGACUCGCUCCAUUUUGGGGUCCCUGAGUUACCUUCCAGUAGCAGUAAGACUUCAAGUUACAGCACGAAAACAGUAACCACUAGCAGAGGAAGCUCCACAGUUGAAUCCAAGAGGUUGAAAAUGGGAGAUGAGGCUGAAAGUGUAAAAGAUCGUGAAGAGGGCCGAAGAGCCCCAAGAAGAGGCCAGACUAAAGGUCGCACUACCAGAGACUGUCAUGAUGUCCUUCAAACACAUCCUUCAGGUGCCCAAAGUGGCCUUUUCCAUAUCAACCUCCCGGGAUCCAGUAAGAUUUUUUCUGUUUACUGCGAUCAAGAGACCGGUUUGGGAGGAUGGCUUUUGAUCCAGCAGAGAAUGGAUGGCUCCCUGAAUUUUAACCGGACCUGGCAAGACUACAAGAGAGGCUUCGGCAGCCUGAAUGACCAGGGGGAAGGAAACUUCUGGCUAGGCAAUGAGCACCUCCACUUACUCACCCGGAAGGGCUCCACGCUGCGGGUGGAGCUGGAGGACUGGGCGGGGCGCGGGGCGUACGCCGAGUAUCGCUUCCGGGUCGGGUCGGAGGCGGAAGGCUACGCCCUGCACGUGUCGGGCUACCGGGGCACGGCGGGCGACGCGCUGCAGGAGGGCUGGGCCGAGGAGGGCCCCGAGUUCACGGCGCACGCGGGGAUGCGCUUCAGCACCUUCGACCGGGACGCCGACCAGUGGGACGAGAACUGCGCCGAGGUCUACGGCGGCGGCUGGUGGUACAACAGCUGCCAGGCGGCCAACCUCAACGGCGUCUACUACCCGGGGGGCGCCUACGACCCGCGCGACAACAGCCCGUACGAGGUGGAGAACGGGGUGGUCUGGGCCCCCUUCCGCGGAGCCGAUUAUUCGCUCAGGGUCGUUCGCAUGAAAAUCAGGCCCCUGGUGCCCUAGUAGCCGGCGGGAGUGGCCGUCCCCCCGGGCCUCUUGGUGCUCCAAGGGGCAGGGAAACGCGAGUCCAAGGAAGGGGGCUUGACAUCACCCCCCACCCCCACCCCCCAAACAUCCCCAGGUGCUAUUUUAGUUCUUCUCUGUACUGUAGCUGAAUGUCACCCAGGCACGUUGAGUGCCGGGAAAACUAUAAAGUGAUAAAUGGGGCUUAAAAAAUAGCCCUCUAUAUGCAUACAUACCUAUAUGUAUAUAGAGAGAUUUUUUUUUAAAUAGCUCUGUGGGUUUUUUUUUUUUUCCGUUGCAAAGAAUAAACACGCCACGGGACCUUCCCAUUCCCUCUGGAAACUGAGUCCUGUGCGAGGAGGCACCACUUUGCAUCCUCCUUGCAACCCUCCAAGGGAGUUGAGAACUUCACACAUCUCCCAAAGUCAAAAGUUACUUCACCCAUUCUCUUUAGAUCGUUUUAAACCCAGUUUUUGAGCUACUGAAUCACUGAAUGUAGGACAACCGUGGGUGGUCUUUGUAAAGGAAUUUGCAACUUUGCAGAGAACAGUCAAACCCUGUGAGCAAGCAAAUCCAGAAAGGCAAAGCAGCAGCAAAGAAUUAAGACUGAAUUUUUACUUUUCCAGGACCAUAAUGCUAACAUUUAACUUUUCCUGGGGCCAAAAUCAGUUUCUUUCAAAAACAUAUCCAAAGAUGCGUUUAAAAUCUUAAAAAAAAAAAAUCUGCCAGUACUGCAAAAGCAGAUUGAAGCUGCACAUUUCCAAAGAGUCCCCACAGCGUUUAUUUCUCACCAGGAAUAAAGUGAUUUAUUAGUUGUUAUUGAAAGUGAGAAAUUUGCUUUAAAAUAUCUCACUAAAUACAAUCCAGGCCGUAUUCACAAGUGCAGCAUAUUUACAUUGGUUUAUAUUUUAUUUGCAUCUUUGAUUGGUAGUUGGGUUUAUAUCCCAAUUUAUAUUUCAAUUUUGUGCUUGGGUUUCAUACUAGAAGGUAUGGACUUUUUACCAUUUAGCUUUUAAAUACACAUGGGAGUAUCCAAAUUGCUUUGGAAUCCUAGUGUAUUUCCCUCACAUGCAUAAUUUCCAUCCCAAUGUAACUGCAUCCAUUCUUCAAGGAAGGAAAGAAGGCAGAAGGGAGCUAGGGUUAGGGGCCACAGACUGGGAACAGAUGGAAGAUUAGCAUGAAAGUUUGCAUGAAUCACAUUUGAAAUGCCAGUAUUCUGUGUUUCCUUAUGUGCAAUUGAAAAUUCUUGGUAUGAGUAAUUGAUAUGCCUCCAAAUCUUUGCAUUAUCAAAGAAGAACUUCUUGAGCUUUGAAAGAUAUUUCAUUUAUUACAGAACCAGAACUCCGUGCUGUCUUUAUGCCCACUUUGUUUACACUCACAUUUUGCUCCACAAAAUUAAAAGUAGAAAAUAGGAAAUAUUUUAUUUUCCAGAAUAUUGUACUAUUUGGAUUCAGAAUUGAACCCCAAGGGAAAAUUGACUCAGAAUAUCAAGACCUACUCAUUACUCAUUUAUUUAUGUUUUGGAUUUAAAGGAUUAAGUACAACUAGAAAAAAAAUGUACUUUCACCUUUCACUUCAUUUGUUGGUCUAGGAACUCCUUAGAAAAGUAUUUGAAAAAAAUAAUUUUUUUUAAAUGCACUAGGGUGGGUCAUCUUUUAGUAACUUUUUAAAAAAAAUUUUUAUUAGUGAAACACCAUGAGGUACAGUUGUAGACUUACAAAUUUUUGUGCUUGGGUUUCAGUUAUACAAUGAUCAAAUACCCAUCCCUCCCACCAGUGCCCAUUUUCCACCACCAUCAUCCCAGUAUCCCUCCCCACCCCCCCAUAGUAACUAUUUUUCAAGUAUUUCACAGUCUAGUCUAUUUUAUUUUACUAUUUCCAAAUUUCUAAGUUAGGACAAGACAAGCAUAUGAUUCAUUAUUUUUGUAAAUGGUGCAUUUCUUACCUGUACAGAUUCCAGAAUUUUAUAUUGAUUCUUUUGAGUUAUUUUUUGGAUCCAUCUAUUAACUUGUCCAUCUCAAAUGAGGUCAUGCAAUAUAUGUGUGACUUACUUCCUUUUACAUCAUGCCUUGCAAAGUCCAUAUGGUUACACAUGGCAAGAUUUUCAUCGUUCUACAUCUUGCUUAUUCAUCCAUCUACUAAUGGACACUUAGACUUUUUCUGUAUCUUGGCUGUUGUAAAUAAUGUGGCAAAUAAAAUGGAAAUGCAAAUAACUUUUGAGUCAGUGUUUUUAUAACCUUCAUAUAAAUAACAUAAGUGGAAUUGUUGGAUAAUAGAUAGAGCUGUCUAUAUUUUUUGUGGAGGUGGGGAGUAUCGUCCCAGAUAUUGAAAUCAGGGCUCUAACACAAAAAAAUAGACACUGGGACUGAGCUACAUAUCCAGCCCAAUUUUUAAUUUUGAGGAAUAUGUAUCAAAGUUCCACCAGUAUUUCUCAAUUGUUCCCAUUUUCUUACAUCCUUUUUAGCAUGUGUUUUUUCUUAUAUUUUUUACAGUAAUUGAUCUAAAAAUGGUGAGGUUUAGCCUCAUUGUGGUUUUGAUUUGCUUUUCUUUAAUGAUUAAUGAUAUUGUCCGUCUUUUUGUGUAUCUGUUGUUUGUAUUUGUCUCCUCUGGGAAAAUAUGUUCAUUCAGAUCCUUUUCUCAUUUCAAAAUAUAUUUUUUUGGUUUUUUGCUAUUGAGUUGUAUGAAUUCUUCAUAUAUUUUUAGAUAUUCAUGCCUUAUCAGUUUAAAUUUGCAAGUCAUUUUUUCCAUUCUUUAGAUUGCUUUUUCAUUUUGUGGAUGAUUUUCCUUGCUAUGCACAACAUUUUGUUUUUAAAUGUCUUUGUUGCUCUGUUUAGAAGACUUUCUAAAAUAAAAGGAUUUAUCAACCCAA